AUGCAGAUGAUUAUAUCUUCGUAUAUUAGUCAAGUGUCGGUAUGGUUGGUUGCUACGUUUGUAUGUUCGUGCUUGUCCAUGCAAUCAACUAUUAUAGGAAUUCUUUCGGAUGAACGUCUUGAUCCACAUUUAGUGAACAGUGCAGUCACGCAAGCAUGGAAAGCGACAUUCGCUGACGACAUCCUCAUUUUAAGUGGAGCUGAGUUCACUCCAGCUACAACUGAAAUCGUGGAUAUCAACAGCGCUUCCGACGUUGUAGGAAAAGUCUGCCAAAUCUUGGAGAAGUCCCCUGCUGUCAUCGUCGUAGUGUCCAGAUGCGGCUAUACCAGGUCCCUUCACUUUUUAUCUUCUGCACUGAAAAUUCCCGUCGUUGAAGUUUCCCUACGUGAACACUUUGAUUGUCCAGGUCCAUGCAAAAGUUACAUGAUGUCGGGGGUAAAUGGCACAAGCACGGACACACAAUUGGCACAAGUUGACAGCAACACACUCAUGGGCUCUGCAGGAUACGACGGUCUUCUUAUCUCAUUUUUUAAAACAGCUUUAUGGCGGAAAAUGAUCAUUGUAUUUGAUGAGAGCGUAGAUAUCGGAUCGAUCAGCAGAGUAAUAGACAGGAUGGGAAAUCGAAUGAGGAAGGUUACGCUACAGCGCCUGCCCGCUACGGACAACGGAGAAGUGGCCACAGUGGCCGCUUUAUCUCUGGCACAAGACAUGAUCAAUUAUGCUAUGGAAGGAGUUUGGGAAUUUGAUGAUGACGCAACCGCCCAGGCUCCAUUAUCACGUGAUGUAGUGUUCUUGAUAUUAGGAAGUGAAGACACGGUCAAGAAAUUAGUUUUAAAUGUGGGCUGGAAAACCAGUUACUUCACCGAGAGUCUGCUCUUCCGUGAUGGUGUGACCGUCAUCACAGCGUCUGAUGAUCGAACUGUACCGUCAGUAGUGAAUGAGGAUGUUUUGCUUCAGACGUUACUGUCCAAAGUUGGAAGUGUGUUCGCUUCGAUCUAUAUUUCCUUCGUUCGCGCCGGGACUCUUGGAAUGGAUUUAACGGCACAUGCUGCCAACAUUACUUGCUCAAAACUGGCGGUGGUGGAACUAGAGUCUAAUUUGUGGCUGGCAAAUUCAAUACGUGCCUCCAUCUUUGGACAGAAAGAAAAUGUAGACGGAGAAUGGUCAGUCAGUGGGGGUAACAGUCCUUAUUACAUCUCGCAUCAGAACUCGAUGUCUUCUAAUGUUUCGUUGGAACUAGACGGAUGUGACGUAACGGAAGAAGGGCAGAUUCAAUGCGAGUCGUUAAAAGCGAAAGAGGACCGUAUAAAGUUUGACAACCAGGGUUCAAAUCCCGACUACGCUACCACUGACACAUUCAAUACGCACGAACUAGGAAAAGAAAAACACGCCUUGUUUGAUGACGAGAACUCUGAUACGUUGUUAUACGAGUUUGGCAAGCGAUGGUUGAAUACGACUUUUAAAGUCGCAACGCUGGAGGACGAGCCGUUCGUGUUUGUUCGGAAAGAUUCGGAUGGCCACGUGACGUUUUCGGGGUUCUCCAUCGACUUGCUUCACAUGCUUUCGGAAAAAAUCGGAUUCCGAUACGAAAUUUACGAAGUUGCUGAUAGAAAAUACGGCACGUUCAAAGAUGGAAAAUGGAAUGGCUUGGUCGGCGAUGUAGUUUCGAAGAAGGCGGAUUUCGCAAUAGCUGCAAUGACUAUCACACCACAGCGGGAGAAAGUGGUCGAUUUCACCAAGCGUUACAUGGAUUAUGCUGUUGGGAUUCUUAUGAAAAAACCCAAAGCCGUCACUAAUUUGUUCGCUUUUUUGAACCCUUUUGACAACACGGUGUGGUACUCGAUUAUGGCGGGGUUGUUCCUCGUAUCUAUUCUUCUGUACGUGCUCAACCGUGUUUCACCGAAGAGAAUGCCGGGUCCACCUUUCCAGGACACGUCUCUUCAUGGAACCUUCUGGUUCGUCUAUAGCUCGCUGGUGCAGCAAGGUACGGACAUGAACCUUGUGACAAUAUCUUCACAGAUAGUUACCGGGGUGUGGUGGUUUUUUAUUCUUAUUAUUAUAUCAUCGUAUACCGCCAACUUGGCUGCCCAUCUUACAGUAACAAGAAUGGAAAAUCACAUCACCUCGUUUCGGGAUCUUUCCAAACAGAAUGACAUGGUGUACGGAACUGCCCUUGAUACCAGUAUUUUUGACUUUUUACACACAAAAGGUUCAAACGCUAAAGACCUAACAUCGAUGUAUGCACGUCUGUGGAAAGUCGUUAAUGCGUCACACUCGGUUAGCGACCCAAAACAAGGCAUUCAACGAGUGAAAGAUCAAAAUUAUGCGUUCCUGUGGGACGUUGCAGUAAUAGAAUAUCUCAUAUUGACCGAUCCGGAGUGUUCUUUUUCCACUGUACCUGAUUCAAUUUAUGAUAAAGGAUACGGGAUUGCAGUUGAACAGGGAAAUCCUAUCCGUGAAGUUAUGUCGAUGGGGAUAUUACAACUACAGGACGGUGGUGAAAUUGCACGACUAAAGCAGCGUUGGUGGACCAGCAUAGGAAAGUGUCCAAUUGAUCAUUCGGGAAGUCGAAGUCAUUCUAGUGAGUUAACUUUGGAAAAUUUCGCGGGCGUGUUCUGUGUGCUCGCAUGUGGCUUGGUUAUCGCAAGCUUGGUUGCGGUUGGAGAGAUAUUGCAGUACAUGAAAAAAACAAAGAAAUUACAAAAGCAAAAAGAGAAUCAGAUGGAAUCGUCGCAAACAUCUAGUGUCCCACCUUCACGUCGACCUCAUGUAUACGUGGAAAAAUGUGUCGGAGACGAACUGCACAUCGUGUUGAAAAAUCCAGAGAUAUUAAAAAAAGAACGACCCCCAAUUACAGAAAAUGGGUCAGCAACUAACAGAGAUACAUCAGAGACAAAGUCCUGGUGGGGAUCACACAACUUUCAAAGAAACGCAAAAUCAAAUACGAAAGAGAGACAGCCACACAAAAUAACAACACUGCCGAGGAACAAAUUUUCUAACUCACGAUCAGAGUUGGUUUAGUAAAUUGUUAUAAUGCAGCAAAUUUUAACCCUAUGUUAUGACUGUUUAAAAGGUAGUGAACUCCCACCAGAGCGGAAUAAAUUAAAUAAACUUGUAAU